GACAAUAUCAAGGCAGGACUUCUCGCGUUACAAAAAUAACAACAGAUGUAGAAUCCAGAAGUAAAAUUGCCUACAGAUGUAAGGACCAUAGAGAGAGAGAGAAAUUCCUACUGAAUGAAGAAUGUAUAGUCCAGCUGUGAGCCGCAUCCAUUCACGACGAACCACGGGUGUUUAUGAAGAAUGACCAUGUUCUACCAUCGAGGGGCAGUCUGUGAGCCUUCUUCGUUAUAACGGGUGUGUGUGUCUGGUUUACUGUCAGAGGGGAAAGAUCAGAGGUCACAGCAGGUCGGGGGCUAGAAGUUAGGGAUCAUGUCUGCCGUGGCGUUCCAGGACCUUCCUCUUAACAUCUACAUGGUCAUCUUCGGGACCGGAGUCUUCGUCUUCGUCCUCAGCCUCAUCUUCUGCUGCUACUUCAUCAGUAAACUAAGGCACCAGGCUCGGCGAGAGAGGUUUGGAUACAAAGCGGUGGUAUUCAAAGGGGAUACAAGGAAACUGAAUCUGCACGGGCAGACAUGUGCAGUGUGCUUGGAGGACUUCAGAGUGAAAGAUGAGCUAGGAGUGUUGCCAUGCCAACAUGCCUUUCACCGGAGUUGCCUGGUGAAGUGGCUGGAGGUGCGCUGUGUGUGUCCCAUGUGUAACAAGCCCAUCACUGGACCACCUGAACAUCACCACAGCCUGGGCACACUACUGGAUGAACUGGUGUAGCGCAUUGUCAUGGCGAUUCAGUUCGAACGGAGUGGUGUGACAACACAGUUGGAAUAGACUGGUCUAACAGACUACACGUCGGUAAAGUGAAUUUACCGGACAAACUGUUCUUAAGGUCCAGGGAGAAAACCACAACAAUGGAGAAAAAAAUAUUCAGAUUUCAGACCCUCAUGUAUUGAUAAUGAGACGGGACACAGAGCAUUAUGGGUACUGUAGUAUAUCAUACUACACCUUAUCAAGUGGAGUCAGUCAUUUAAUGAAUGACUGCCCAAACCUCUACAGUGCUCACUCAACCAGUUUCAGGAAUGAGUGCAGGAUUCCCAAACCAAACUCUGGGACUAAAAUGUCCCUCUCAACCCUCGGUCACUGUCUGGACGAGGGGCUACCUGUUGAGGGAGAACUUCAGGUAACUCAUGGGCCACAUUGCCGAACACCCAGAUAAAAAAAUAUGAUGUAGAACAGACAUGCCUCUCUGAAAUGUAGAGUGAGGAAUCAUGUCAACUCUAUUUGUGCCAUUUCUACCUGCAACAUCCAGUAUGUUGCACCCUGGGGAUGAUGACAUACAUUUAUUAUUAUUGUGACAUGUUUCCUGCUGACUACACUGUGUGUGUGUGUGUGUGUGUGUGUGUGUGUGUGUGU